CCGAUUGAAUGCUAGAGAGGGUUAUCAUAUCCAUAAAGGAAUCCAAUAUGUGCUUUUUAUGAUUCUAAGCUUGACUACUAAACACUGCUAUUCCUUCUAUGUCAUGUAAAAAUCAAUAAUGAGUUCUGCUCAUAUUCUCUCUACAUUUCAAUCCACGUUUCCUGGGUUAUAUCAGUCGCAGCAGGGAAGCGAUGAAGGAACGCAAGAGCAAGCUGACGCCAGCCCUUUGCCUCUCGAAAAGGAGCAAGAUGGAGGACAUGAUCCAUACAAUGCCCGCAUUGCUGGCAUUACCAGCAAGUUCGAGCGCCUACGCGCGUCUGCGGACGAAAUGGAGCAAUACCUCCGAACAGCCGCAGAGGAGGCGAAGGAAGCGGAAGCCAGGGCGUUAGCAAAAGCAGACGAAGAGUUCACCCCCGGCUGGCGCAAUGUGGGUCUGCCGCUCAAGCCCUCACACCUGCAGCUGGACGGCGGCACCAUGGCGGGGGCGCGGCUGGUCAAUCCGAAAGCCAUUGUGCAGGAGUACCACGCCAUCAAGCGCCACGAGGUGCUCAACCCGCCCCGCAUAGCCGAGUACGCGGACACCUCCGCCCGCCCCACCUACCUCAAGAGCACGCACACGCUGGAUGUCCGCAAGACGCGCACGCUGUCUCCGGAGCGGCUUGCGCGGGUGCACCAAAUCGCCGCCAAGCACCUGACGUGGCACACGCUGACGCCGGAUGAGGUGGCGGCACGCAUGGAGGAGGCGGAGGAGCGGCGGAGGCUGCUGUCGCUGAAGAUGCCUCGAGCGCAGUUCGAGCGGGAACAGAGGAUCAUCCAGUCCAUGCACCACAAGCUCACCUUCCUGCGCAACCCGCGGCACCCGCUGCCGCCCGCCGUCAAGAUGCUCAUGGAGCAGCGGCCGGAGGCGCAGCGCUGGGCGGGGCCGCGCGCGGAGGUACGACACGGCGUGGAGCCGCCCAUCAAGGCCAACAUGACGGCGCGGGAUGACGUCAUCUUUGUGGUGGAGCCGGCGGAAGUCAUGUUCACGGAUUACGCCGUGGGCCGCACCUACGAGAAGCUCGUCCGCGUACGCAACGUGACCGCCGUGUGUCGCGGCCUGCGCAUCUUCCCGCCCGCCUCCCAGUACUUCCACGUCUCACUGCCUCGCUUCCCGGGGGAGUCGGGCGUUCUGGCGCCGGGCAUGGCGGCGGAGCUCACGCUGCGCUUCUGUCCCGACUCGCUGGGGGACUAUGAGGACGCCCUGGGGGUGGAUACAUCGCACACGGGGCUGCGGCUGACGGUGCCGCUGAGGGCGCGGCGCCCGCCGCCGUCGCUGACGCUGCCAGAGGAGAUUGAGAUGGGCCAGGUGGUGAUCGGCAAUGUUAAGACGGAGCAGGUGGCGUUUCGCAACCUGGGCGGGCCGGGGCGCUUCAGGAUAGUGCCGGAGGCGGACUGGCCGGACUUUGCGCAGGAUGCCCCCACGGAUCGAGCAGUCAUUGGGCCGUUCAAGAUCUGGCCUCUGUGUUUUGAGAUGGCGACCAAUGAGGAGAUCGCGUUGAAUGUGUCGUACGAGCCGGUCGAGUGGGGCAACAGCGAGGAGCGGCUGGUGCUGGUGUGCGACAACUGCCAGGUCAAGACGUUCUCCCUGCUGGGCAACGGCGUGUCGGUGGACGUGCUGCUUCACAGCGUGGACGGGCGCAUGCUGGAGCCGCGUGAGCUGGACCUGCCGCUGUGGUUCGGGGAGGUGGCACCCAGGUCGGGUUUCUCCAAGACCGUGUCCGUUCGCAACACCACCAAGCUGCCCUUCGCCUUCGAGUGGGCCCUCACGCGCUUCCCUCAAGUGCAACACAAGCGCCGAGCCAACGAGCCCCUCCAAACCGAACAACAGUACGACGAGGAACAAGAGUACGACGAAGGCCAUGUACUGCUUGUUGACAACAAGGCCAUGCGCGGCGGCGGCACGGGUCGGCCGGGCCUACCCUCCGCCUCUGCCUCUGCAAGCUCCGGCCUGCCCAGCACCAGCGGCAACGGCGGCGUCUUCGUGAGCUCCGGCGCCACGCAGCAACGCCCCGGCCAGCAAUCCAGCGGCGAAUCCUCAGGCACCCCCUGGGGCGUCAUCAGCGGCAGCGGCGCGCAUGGGCCGGAUCCCCUAGCCCUCGGAGCGGUGGUGGAAAAUGUGUUCACGGUGGUGCCCCAGCGCGGGGUGUUGCAGCCGGGCGAGGUCAUGGAGUUCCUGUUUACCUUCACGCCGCCUGCAUGCGAGCGUUACGAGCGCUGGGCGCAGCUACGGGUGGAUCGUGCUCCUGUGGCGUUGCCGUCGGACGGAAGUGGCAUCUUGCGGGGAUCGGGGAACGGCACCGGCAGCUCCCAUGCAGCCAUCGCUGCUGCAGCCACAUGCGACGUGCUGGUAACGGAGGUGGGGCUAGAAGGGCUGGGCCGGCUGGUUCAGCUGCAGGCGCACCCGCGCCUGGUUUCGGUGCCGGGCGUGCUCAUGCCCAAGCAGCGUGCCGUACGGCGUGUCGAGCUCCGAAACCCAACUCGGGCCCGGGUGGAUGUACGGGUGGUUUCGGACCACCCGGCGGUGUCGAUCGAGCCCAGCGCGUUGACGCUGCCACCGCUGGGGUCUUCGUAUCUGAAAGUAACCCUGACGGCGCCGGAGACGCCGGGGCAGUUGACAGCGCGUGCAACGGUGGAGCCGCAGCAUGGGCACGGGCCGCCGGUGCCGCUGCUGCUGCAGGCCACUGUGGGCGCGAGCCGUGCGGAGCUGCGGACGUCGCGGCUUGACUUUGGGUUGGUACGGCUGGGUUGUACGGCGGAGCGACCGUUGGUGAUCCGCAACUGCAGCUCCACGUGUCACACGGCGUGGAGCGUGCGGGAGAUUACGGAGGCAGUGAUUGCGGCGGAGAAGGCCCAGCUGCUCCGCACGCAGCUGCUGCAGUCCGUAAGCAUGCUGGACCCGCUGGCCUCCGCCGCCGCCCAAGAAGCCAUCGAGCAGCGCUUCCCGCACCAGAACCUGCCGCAAACCCCAUCCACCCAACCAGGCGCCGACCUACAACAACCCCCGCAACAGCCGGAGCAGGAGGAGGAGGAGCAGGUACAGGAGCGGCAGGGCUCAGCGGGGCUGGAGGUAAGCUUCGGCUUCAGCGUCAUGGGCGGCGGUGGCGGCGGCGGCGGCAGCCGCAACGCAAGCCCCAGUCGCACCAGCCGCGGCCCGAGCCGCCUCACCACGCCCAGCACCCCAAGACGGGGCAGCAAAGGCAGCGGCAGCGCAAGCAGCAGCGCCAGCAGCGGCAUCCGCAUCACGCACCUCACCUUCCAGCCCAGCAGCGGCGUGCUGGCACCGGGGGAGGAGCUCACCAUUCGAGUGACCUGCCAUGCACUCACGGACGGUCGCAGUCGAGCCAUCAUCCAGCUUCGCUCCGGAACCGCCGCCCUUUCCGGCAGCAACGGCACCAUCACCUCCUCCGGCCCCGCUGCCGCCGCUAGCAAAGCCCUUGCCAGCACCAGCACCAGCGCCGGCGCCAUGGUUCACGGUUUGGACCAUAUCGCCUGUAUCGAGUCGUUCGUGUGCGCUGUGACGCCCACCUGCGUCAUCGAUCGGCCGGUGCUGGACUUGGGGGUGACGUUCGUGGGGGUGCAGGUACGGCAGUUCUUGUACAUGACGAACCUGAGUCAGCUGCCGCUGGAGUUCAGGUGGAGCAGCGAGAGCGCGGACAGUCCGGAGACGGGUGCGCUGGCGGACUUGAGGGUGAAGCCGGAGAAGGGGCAGCUGGCGCCUGGGGAGGAGGUGGAGGUGCAGGUACGAUACACGCCCCGGGCCGUUGGGCAGUCCGUUAUGUACGGUGUCUGCGAACUGGACGGCGCGCCGCGACCGCUGGGCUUCCGUGUCACGUCGACGAUCCAGAGCCUAGAUGUCACAUACGACCUCCUGACGCAAGAAGAGUACGACGAAAUGCAAGCGGCGGCGGAAACAGCGCCGCCCAAGGUCACAAUUAUGGCUGCGGCGGCGGCCGCACAAGCGGCCGAGGAGGCGGAAGAAGAUGGCGAGGAGCCGCCUCCCGGCCCGCUGCCCGAAGUGUCGUACUUUAAACGCGGCCGAAACGGCAGACCCGAGGUCGAUAUCGAGAUCUUUGCCGGCAUGACGAAUCUACCUCCGGAGGUACUGACGCGGAUUUCCGCGGGUCGUACAGGAAGUACGACGACCGCCAGUGGUACGACAAGCACUGGCGGCGGCGACUCUCGUUCCCUGGAACCCCGUCGAUCCUUCCGACGUCGUACGGCAACGGGUCCCGGCUGGCCGCCGCCGGCGCCGUCACGGCACCUUGUCGCGGACUUUGGCAAAAACGUGCCGUUGGGCGAAACACGGCAGAUGUAUCUGGUGGUAACGAACCGUACAGCAAUGCACACGAGCAUGCGGACGUGGUUGGAGCGGUUCGGCGUGGAAGACGCGGCGCGGUUCACUCGGCGCCGUACGAGUCCGGCUGCUGCGGUUGCUGGCGGCAGCCCGGCUGGUGAAGGUGGACGAGGAAACGGCAGCGGCGGGGCUCAUGGUCGCGGGGCGGUGAUCGAUCGGCGGGAGUCGGGCAUGUCGGGCGGAGGCGAGUCGGAAACCGCAGCAGGAGCCUCCGGCCUGCGCAUCCGCACCUCAAAGUACACGCCCAUCAAGCUGAUCAGCGAGUCCGAUCACACACCCUUCCGCGCCGCCCGGGGCAACGAGAUGAUGGCCACACGUCGCCUGCAGGAGGAGGCCGACCAGGCUCUGGGCGACAAGGGUCUGGCGGUGUCGGUGACGCCCCCCGAGUGCACCCUGGCGCCCUGGAGCCACAAGGUGCUAUCGUUGAGCUGCUUCAACGACAUGUGCGGAGCCUACAUGGACAUGCUGCAUGUAAAGGUCGGCGACCUGCCCCCUCGCGACAUCCCCGUGUUGGUGGGGGUGACCGGCACCCCGCUGGUCGUACAACGGGAGCGGGUGCUGGUGAAGGGGCUGCGGGAGCGCUCCUGGCGGGCCUCCCUGGAGUGGGGGCAGGUGCCGCGAGGCGUGGAGCAGCAGCGCACCUUUUACGUCUUCAACACCGGCUCGCUGGACAUGCACGUCUCCUGGCAAAUGCUGCGAUACCACGAAUACCCCGACCUGGAGAAGCUCCCGCCCACCACGGACGUGGGCUCGGGAGGCACCGGCUACCAUGACAGCCUGUACGGCGGCCCCGGCCGGCUGCGGGACACACGUGCGCAGUACAAGAUGUACGACCUGAAGUUGGAGCCGGACGAGCGCGCGGGGGCGGUGCGGGUGGUGGCUACCCGGCAUGGCGAUCCGGACGAUGGGCCCUUUAGGGUGGAGCCCACGGAACAGGUCAUCCGCGGCGGCGGCUCCGCCAAGUUCACCGUCUCCUUCUCCGCCUCCCCCGAAGCCACCCAAACCAUCGAAGCCUACCUCCACGGCGCAUGCCGCGUCUUCAGCCCCGAAGCCGCCGUACAGCUGCGCCUCUGGCCGCGCGGCGAGUCGGGCGACGGGGUGGGCGUGCUGCUGUCCGGCGCCUUCCACCCCUACGCCGGCGCGCCGCCCACACCGCUGCAGCCCCUGAGAGUGGACCUGCAGGCCAUGUCGGUUCCCAGUCGCCUGGAGCCGGAUGGAGUGGAGCAGCUGGCCUGGCGCGUGGCGUCCAUCCACCAGCCGCUUAGCCACCCCAGCUUUGUGCGCUCGGUGACGCUGAGCAACACACAGGCCUGCCCGCAGGUGUUCAGCCUGGGCGUGGAGGGCCCCUGGGACCUGCUGGCAGCCACCCCCAGCAUUCCGCAGGACCCGGUGGCAUACCGCGGCACCAGCACGCUGCUGGGACCCGCGGUGUCGUCAGGACUGCUGGGAGCCAACGCGGCAGAUGGCGGGCUGGUGUUCCUGCCGCCGCGGGAGAGUGUGGACGUCACGCUGCGGUUCGUGCCGGGCAAGGGAGACCUGGAGGCGCUGCCCGUGCGCUUCGCAGCCAUGCAGGCCCGGCAACGCGUGGUGGAGACCACCACCGACUACAAGAACACCGGCGCCCUCACCGUCUCCUUCUCCAACGGCGACACGCAGAGCCUGCAGCUGGUGGCGGAGAUGCUGCACCCGCGCCUGGAAGUACGACCGCGCAAACUCAACUUUGGGCACGUGCACCUGCUGUCUCCCAUGGAGCUCCUCGUGGAGCUGUCCAACCCCACAAGCGUCGACGCAGCAUGGGCGGUUACAGUGGAAGGCGUCAAGCCGAGGUUUCCGACACUUCCCGGCGCUGGCGCCGCAGCCAGUGCGCAGGCAGAGGCUGCAGUGGGGGGAACGGGAGGUGCGACGUCGUCGGGAGCGGCGUCGUCCGGCGCCGCGUCUGCGGGUGCGGGCGGCGGCGGGUCGUCGACGGCGACUCACACGCCCCGUAGCGGUCGUAGCAGUACGACAGGCGGUCCUGUGCCGGAGACGCCGGGAACGCAUAGUCGAUCGAGCUCAGUGGCUUCCAGUCGCGCCGCCGCCGCCAAUGCCGUGACGACGGCGACUUUGGCGGCGGCUGGUCAGUCGCUGUCGCGAGGCGUUACGGCGGUGAGUGGCGGCGUGCCGCCACCACUGAGGCAGCCGGCGGUGACGGCGGCGCUGGCGGGCGUUACUGGGAUCAUUGCGGAGGCCCGCAUUGGGCCGUACAUCGUACGGCCGGCGAGUGGGGUGCUGCCCGGGAGAGGUCUGCGGCUGCCGCACACUCAGAAGAUCAGUAUCACGUUUGCGCCGACGGAGGCGGGUGCGUUUGACGGUGAGCUGAUCUUUGCCGUACUCCGGGGCAAGGAUUGCUCGGUGGACAUAGAUGGCAUUGGCAGCAUUGAUGAAGCGGACGAGCACAAGGGAAAGCUGUUUGUGAUAUAGCUGUGAUUGCUUAUAGCUGUGGUUAUGGUUCAGGUCGGUUAUGGGAGUGUCGGUUAUGGUACAUUGGAGUACCGAUACCGGUAUCCGAAUGGAGGAUUACAGGGUGUUGGGGUCGGCGGAUGACGGCGUCCAUCCCUCUUUGGUGUUGCGAUGGUGCAUUUUGACGCGCGUGUGGCGAUUGCAUUCUUGGCAUGGGUACCUUGCAUACCCGACAAUGCCGUGACUUAGGACGAGGCUUUGCUGGCUGCCGUUACCGGUAUUAGACGUGCAUUCAACCAUGCAGUUACCAUUACCCGACUACAGCGUGAGGUAUAGAGGGAAGGGGUGUGGUUUAGGGUACCACAUCAUACAUGACCCAUAUGGCAUGACUCCGGUUUUGUUCUUGAUGAGUGAGGGGGGCUGACUUCGGCAAUGAAGGUACGUAGGUAAGCCAAGGCGUGGGCGGUCCAUGUACGCAACCAGUAUUGGUAUUAGUUGGCACCAAUAACUUAGACGAUUAGGUGGACUAGAACGGAGUCUUGUUGUAGCUGUCGUCGGGCGUGGGAAGCCCCGAAAUGGGGUGAAGAGACACUGGCGAUAUUAUUGACGAGGCGAUACGCGGGCAAGGGUACCACAAUGGUUUCACCCGCAGUACAGCUGGUAAUAUAUGUCUGCUUUAGGAAAAUUGAUGCUUGGGGAACAGUACAGAGUAUGUAUUCAUAUCUACCAAGCUAUGCGGUGCUGCGACUCCAACACAUAGAAUUGCAUUCUCGUGACCGAACGGAUGUAAACUUGCUGCCACGUAACCGCUGCUUCGAAUACUAUAUGUAGACCUUUAAGUUCACAAGAGUUAUAAAUUGGCAAACUUGCGUCGCCUCCGUUUCCUGGCCAAGUCAUUGCCAGCCGUUAAUUAACGGCGUUUCGCAAAUGGCACCACUCCAAACCCAAAGAUGUUCAGGGGGACAGAAGCACGCAGUAGCAGCAACAGCAAUCAGUCGCAUCGCUCCGUGCUGUCCCAUAUCACGGCUCCAGCGGGUUCGUGCCAUCGUAACAGCAGCUCCUCCUGCUGCGGCAGCUGCAGCGAGCGUAGCUCUGCCUUCCAGCCCCUCCAAAUCGCUCCAACGCAGCGUCCCGGGCGUCUUCCUUUCAAGAGAGGAAUGCUUGCACCUUUUGAACCGUGUGGCUGACGGGUUCAUUACACAACAAGCUGGGCCCUCCACCAACUCCAGCAGCCACCCGGACGCCUUAGCUUAUGUCAGUCAGAACGAUGACGACAGUGGCAGCGAAGCCAGCCUCAUUUCGCAAGUACUGGACGUGUUGUACGACGAAAUGGAAGAGGUGUUUAUUUCUAAGCGCGGCUACCUGAUCCCCUCAAGGGAGGCAGCUCUGGUGGAGUCCACAGGCGGGUCGCCCACCUACGGAGAAAUCACCAGCGAGGGCAUCCGACAGUUCCUGCAGCGGGUCCCCCUCCAAAGCGACGAUGUGCUUGUGGACCUGGGCAGCGGUCUGGGCCGUCUCACGUUGCAGGUCGCCUGCUGCGCCCGGUUGCGUCGCUGCGUGGGCCUGGAGCUGUCCGCCUCACGACACCAGCAGGCGAGCUGGCUGGCUGGGCAGUUGGCGGAGCUUGGGGGGCUUGCAGCAGCGGCGGGGGCGGGGGCGGAGGGCGAGGAGGAGGAUGCAGAAGAGGCGGGCGAGGAGGGGCGGCAGCGCGCGGCAGCGAUAACCAGUGCUGGCACGAGGGGUGCGGCUGGUGAGGCUACGGGUACUACAUCGCGUUCAACCGGCAACUCCUCCUCCUCCUCCUCGUCGGCGGUGUUAGCGCACGCGCCGCCGUUUGCGGUGCAGCCCCAUGCAGUAAGCCAAGGGCAGCAACAUCGGAGCAUUGCGCCGCACGACCAGGAAGUCUCAUCAGGUGAUCAAGAUUCAGAGCUGCAGUCGUCACCGGAGCGGCCGCAGUCGCCGCAGUCGCCGCAGGAACUGCAGCAGCACCAGCAGCAGCAGCUGCUGCUGAGCCCAGUUGAGCUGCGUUGUGAGGACAUCCUGACGGCCGACCUGCAAGACGGCACCGCAUUCUUCCUCUGCUCCACCGCCUUCUCCGCCGCAGCAUGCCGCGCCAUAGCCGAGCGGUUGGUACGGCACCCGCCCUUCCGCCUGCUGGUUACCUCUCGGGCGCUGCCCUUCCCCUCGCCGCUGACCCAGCUGGGCCAGUUCCCAUGCAACUUCUCUUGGACCCCAGCCGGCACCGCCUACGUCUACGUGCGCAGCCUGCAGCAGGCGCCGCCGGCGCUGCUGGCAGCAUUCCUGUCGCAGCAGCUGCCCUUCCCUCCUCGCUACUGUGACGGCAUGGGAGAUAGCAGCGAUUCGCACGGAAAGGGUGACGGCUAUGGCGGCAGGGUGGGUAUUACCGGCAGCAGCAGCAGCGGCGGCGUGGCUGCAGGCGGCAUUGCGUGGUUGCCGUCGACCAGCUUGCUUUCGGUGGUUCCGGCGGACCUCAUGGUGUGAGGUCACGAGGGCAGCUGCGACAGCAGCAGCAGCUGCGACAGCAGGAAUAGCGGGUGAAGGGGCAAAAGCAAAGUACCGGUAAAGCUGCGGCGUGGAAGGCAUUGGGCUAAAAGCUUGGGGGAAUGGCGUGCGACAGCUGCGAGCUGUUCUUUUGGGCCCUGAAAGGUUACCGGUAUUAGACCCGGGCUGCCGAUGGGGUCAGCAGUGAUCUACGUAUGUGAUCAGUGACUUGUGUGCUUUUACUCCUGUGAUCCGCGGCCUGUGUGGCCUGUGAUCUUGUCUGGUCUCGCAAACGCGUCGUGAACUCUUUAUUUGUGCAUACCGUUAUGUAUGGAAAUGGGUGUUGCAUGGAACGCGAUUUAAGUGUUCCCUGGCGUGCGGCGGUUGCAAUGUAAUGCCAGGUAGUGCAUUCCCUGAUACUGCGUGCGGAUGACAGGCUGUCCACAUGCUGGUGACGUGUGAUGGGGGCAAUAUCGGUAGGGGACCCCUCAGUGGUUGAAGUUACCGGUGAGCUGAUGGCAUGAGAGAGGCGGCGACUUAUAGGCAACGACUCUGCACGGAAGUCAUGAAUACCAGUUGUGAGUGAUUACAAGUGCGCCGCAUUAGCGGCUUGCGACCACCACAGUCUCGUGACCGUGUUAAUGGGUUUCUGCACGUGCGUACGCUGUGUCGGUGCCAGCCAGGGGGCCAGGACACUUAAGCAAACGUAGUUCGUCCGGUCAGGGCCCUCACAGGCUUCCGCUGUAACCCUCAGGACAUAGA